GCGACGGGGCGGGGCGCGGAGCCCCUGCCGAGCCCAGCCCUGCCUCGCCCGGCAGGACUUGCAGCAGUCGGACUUGCUCGGAACGUUCCGUCGGCUGCGGCGCAGGUCCCAGCAGCCAGGGUUCCCCCUCAGCCCGUGAACGGCCAUGUCCAACCCCAGCGCACCACCACCAUAUGAGGACCGCAACCCUCUGUACCCAGGCCCUCCGCCCCCUGGGGGCUAUGGGCAGCCCUCUGUCCUGCCGGGAGGGUAUCCUGCCUACCCUGGCUACCCACAGCCUGGCUACGGUCACCCUGCUGGCUACCCACAGCCCAUGCCCCCCAUCCACCCGAUGCCCAUGAACUAUGGCCCAGGCCAUGGCUAUGACGGGGAGGAGAGAGCCGUGAGUGACAGUUUCGGGGCUGGAGAGUGGGAUGACCGAAAGGUGCGGCACACUUUUAUCCAAAAGGUUUACUCCAUCAUCUCUGUGCAGCUGCUUAUCACCGUGGCCAUCAUCGCUAUCUUCACCUUUGUGGAACCUGUCAGCGCCUUUGUGAGGAGAAACGUGGCUGUCUACUACGUGUCUUAUGCUGUCUUCAUCAUCACCUACCUGACCCUUGCCUGCUGCCAGGGACCCAGACGCCGUUUCCCAUGGAACAUCAUCCUCCUGACCCUGUUUACUUUUGCCAUGGGCUUCAUGACGGGCACCAUUUCCAGUAUGUACCAAACCAGAGCCGUCAUCAUUGCAAUGAUCAUCACUGCUGUGGUGUCCAUUGCGGUCACCAUCUUCUGCUUUCAGACCAAGGUGGAUUUCACUUCGUGCACAGGCCUCUUCUGUGUGCUGGGAAUUGUGCUCAUGGUGACUGGGAUUGUCACUAGCAUUGUGCUGUACUUCAAAUACAUUUACUGGCUCCACAUGCUCUAUGCUGCUCUGGGGGCCAUUUGCUUCACCCUGUUCCUGGCUUACGACACACAACUGGUCCUGGGGAACCGGAAGCACACCAUCAGCCCGGAGGACUACAUCACUGGUGCCCUGCAGAUUUACACGGACAUCAUCUACAUCUUCACCUUUGUGCUGCAGCUGAUGGGGGAUCGCAAUUAAGGAGCAACCCUGUUUUACCCGACCCUGGGCUCUCCCUUCCAAGCUAGAGGGCUGGGCCCUGUGACUGGUCUGGGCUCCAGGCCACUUUCCUUCCCCUUGAGUAACAUGCCCAGUUUCCUUUCUGUCCUGGAGACAGGUGGCCUGUCUGGCCAUGGAUGUGUGGGUACCUGAUGGGGAUGGAGGAGCUAGGGACUAACUGUUGCUCUUGGUGGCCUUGGCAGGGACUAGGCUGAAGAUGUGUCUUCUCCCUGCCACCUACUACAUGACACCACAUUCUUAAUAGCUGGGGUUGGGAGGAAGAUGAAAAGAGCCCAUUCGAUCGCUAGAAGGGAAUACGUAUGAAAGGCAGAAGUGACUUCAAGGUCACGAGGUUCCCCUCUCACCUCUGUCACAGGCUUCUUGGCUAGGCAGUUGGAGCUGUUUCUUCCCUCAACAAAGCCAGAGAGCUUUGUCCCCAGCCUCCUGGACACAUGGGCCAUUAUCCUGUAUUCCUUUGGCUUGGCAUCUUUUAGCUCAGGAAGGUAGAAGAGAUCUGUGCCCAUGGGUCUCCUUGCUUCAAUCCCUUCUUGUUUCAAUGACAUGUAUGUAUUGUUUAUAUGGGAUAGGGUUGGGGAUGGAGAAUGGAAUGAGCAAAGUUACCUAUACAGGUCAGCAUGGAACAGCAUCUCCCCUGGGCUUGCUCUUGGCUUGUGACAGUUUAAGACUAGAGCACAUGUGGCCAUCUGCUCCCUAUUCUUCAAAGCUGCUGAGGCCUCCUUGUGGGCUUCUGAGGUCUCUGGUCAGAGUGAGCUCUUGCUUCCUAUAUUCAGGCAGCUCAGAGCAGAAAGUAAGGGGCAGAGUCUUAAGUGUGGCCAGGAAGUAACUAGGGUGACGAGAGACUCGGUGGGGGUAGGGAAAAUGCCUGGGGGUCCCUCACCUGGCUUGGGAGAUACUGAAGCCUACUGUGGUACUGAAGACUUCUGUGCUCUUUCCUUUUGCUAAUCCAGGGAGGGUCCUAAGGAAAGUGACUUCUGUUUGUCUUAACUUGCACUGGGGGAUUUCUGACUUGAGCCCAUCUCUCCAGCCAGCCACUGCCUUCUUUGUAAUAUUAAGUGCCUUAAGCUGGAAUGGGGAAGGGGGGACAAGGGUCAGUCUGUUGGUUGGGGGCAGAAAUCAAAUCAGCCCAAGGAUAUAGUUAGGAUUUCUCUAUUAAGUAAUUAAUCCUAAAUAUAUCACACAAAGGGACACAACUAUAAAUGUAAUAAAGUUUAUGUUGAGAAAUUAAAACCC